AUGACUCUUUCAAACUCGGAGCCACAAGAGGAGAUGGCAACACCACCAACAAGCUCUCAUCACAAUGAUGACUCGAUCAACAACUCUCCACUCUUACAAAUGGUCUACCAACACUUUCAUAUUCCUCCUUUCACAAAUCCUCCAAUCUCUCACAUUGCAUCGUUUGACAGCCGUCCUAAAGAGCCUUGUCCGAAAUGUAAAAAGAAUCGAAAAUAUUAUUGUUACGAUUGUUGUGUUCCAAUUAUUGAUCAGGCACCAACGAUUUCUAAAUUACCUCUUCAUUGCAUUAUUAUUCAACAUAAAUUGGAACGAAAAACAAAAUCUACAGCAAGUCAAGCAAAAGUGGUUGCCCAUUCGAGCGUUGAUUUAUAUGAAUUUCCCGAUGUUCCAUCAUUUAUUACUCCAAACAAUAGUAUUCUUGUUUUUCCAUCAAAGAACGCAAAACCAGUGCGUGAUUUAUUCAAACUAUCAAGUAAUAGUGCUAGCAGUAGUAAUACCACAGAAUCAUGUCCUAUCAUCAAUACCUCCGACUUGAAAUAUGCUGUAUUUAUUGACUCUACAUGGGGUCAAGCAAAACAAAUAUAUCGGAACGAAUUAAUUCAUCGAUUACCAUGUGUCGUCAUUGAAGAAAAGGAGACUUUGUUUUGGCGGUACCAAAAAGAAGGUCAAAAAUUCCUUAGUACCAUUGAAGCCAUUUAUUAUUUUUAUAAGGAAUUUGUACAAGCGAUGAUGAAUGAGGCUUCUCUCUUAUCACAUGGUGAUUCUGGGAAGGAAUCCUACGAAGAGAAUUUGGAAAAUUUACUCUACUAUUAUGUUCAUCAAUAUUGUCUCAUACAGGAAUACUACGCCAAAGAUCCCUCGAAAAAGAUUACAACCAAGAAAACAGACAAUGAUAAGUACAUCAAGUAUGAGUUAUUUCAAAACUCCAAUCCACCUGAAUCCUCCAUAAAGGAACCUCCUCAAAAGAAACUGAAAGAACAAUAA